GGUUUAGGUGGAGCAUCAGGGAUCGGACGUGCCAUUUGCCAUCGUUUGGCCCAGCAUGGGGCGAAGCUCGUCGUUGUUGACUUAAACAAGGAUGCCGCUCAAGAAACAGUAAAGAAAAUUAGCACUUCGGCCGAUCAUACCUCCUUUUCCUGUGAUGUGAGCAAGUUUGAAGAAGUGGCUCGACUUCAUGAAUUCGUCCUCAAACAGAAUGCCAAGUCUCCCAACAUUGUGGUCAAUUGUGCAGGAAUAACCAGGGACUCGACAUUGUUGAAAAUGACUGAGAAAAACUUCGAUGACGUUGUCGCGGUCAACUUGAAAGCGGUCACGCAAAUAUUUGCUAAGUCAGCCGUUUCCGAAAAGACUCCGCUUUCUGUCAUAAACGUGUCUUCUAUAGUUGGAAAGGUCGGAAAUUUCGGUCAGUGUAAUUAUGCUGCAACCAAAGCUGGUGUGGUAGCGUUUGGAAAAACUGUUGGCAAGGAGUUAGCGAGAAAAGGCGUCAGAGUCAAUACUAUCAUGCCUGGUUUUAUCCGUACUCCCAUGACCGACGCAAUGCCAGAGAAGGUUCUAUCUUCAAUCUGUGAGGGAAUACCGAUGGGGCGUAUGGGAGAACCCGAAGAAAUCGCAGAUGCCACUCUGUUCCUCGCAUCUGAUAUGUCGAAAUAUAUGACAGGAGCAACUCUGGAAGUGACUGGAGGCUUAUUCAUGUAA